AUGUUUACUUUAUUGAAGCUUUUGAUGACGAUGCAUCCAAAAAAUAUCAAACGGUUUCCAGAUCUCAGGGCAAAAAGCUCACAGCUUCACCUGUCCUGGACACAUAAGAGUCAUGUCUACAGUUAAAGACCAUAGGCAUAUCACAAACACACAUUUGAAAAUCAUAAGAUAGGACAUAAAAAGCUUUCUUGGAAGACAAAAAAAACAACAACAACAACGGCAUGCCUGCAGAAAGUACUUUGUAGGUAUCUGCAUCCGCACGAGUAUCUCGUGACAAUGUAAACUUUUGUCAAAAGAACUUUGAAUUUGCUUUGCUAAUGAACAUACAUGUAUACCCAUAAAUCCUUUAGGCCUCAUCAUUCAUGGUUUAUACUUUUGAGCGACAACUUCAACAACAACAUUAUGCGGAGGAUAAUGCUCUUGGUCCACAGACUGUCUUCAUACAAAUUUUACAGUUGCACUAGAUACCUAGACAUGUAUAUGUACAGUGCAUGCAGCUCAAAACAACUGUCCAAAAAAUGCGUGUGCAAUUCGUACCUCUGCAUCUGAGUGUGCGUGUAUCUCUGACACAUCUGAUUAGUAUACAUACAUGUAUGGGCCAGCUUUAUACCGGCCUCUUUCACAAUGGUGUCUUAUUAAUAUAUAUUUUUUUUUAUAUGUGUGAUAAAUUCAGGCUUUCUGACCUCGUUUGAAAGUAAGAAUUGUUUUGUAUUUUGCACAUGUUAACGAGGUCAGAAAUGGUUAUUAUAAUCCUAUAAAAGGAUACAUAUUUAAUAGGCCACCAGAUUGUAAAAUACGUCUAUUGUCUACAUAUUGCUCUUAUUUUGUGAAAGGUUUGAACCCAGGAGUCAUUUCAUAAGUAGGCAGAGUAUGUUUGUCUGGGUGAACGUAGUCCUGAAUGUUGACAGUGACUGAUGUUUCAACAACCUGUGCAGUAUUCAUCUUCUGAGUGACUCUGAAGAUGAAUACUACAGCUUGUCAGGGACUGUCAACAACAACGGUCCCAUUCAGGACUACGUUCACCUGGACAUUCAUGCAUAACCGUCUUUUGUUUUUAUUUUGUUGUUAGUUUUUGUGGACUUUAUUGUAAGUCAUUGCAUCUUAAACAGUGGGAAUUAACUGAGGAACUGUAUACAAGUAAACAUACGAUUAUCUUCCUACAGUGUAACUCAAACAUUUGAACAAGCAUCCACAUCAUUGGCACUAAACGAAUCUUUGGCUAAAUGUUUUCCAUCCAUUAUUAGUUUGAGCAUCUUGAGGAAGGAUGAACAUGUACAUAUACCAGCAUGCAAAGAAAGAUGUGUCUGGUAGCCCGGGGCUAGUGGAUUUUGCAAUUGGGCUAGUGAUUUGUGUUCUUAACUUGCCAGCAGGGCAAGUGCAGUUUUUUGGGAAAUUCAAAUUACAGUGAAGAACUGUAAUCAAUGCUGCUCAUUAAAUUUUUUGAGGGCUACUUAAAAGACUCUUGGGCUAGUACAUACUAGCAACAACUUUCAUGCCUGAAUGGCAAGCCAUAAAUUAAACCGACUUUCUUUGCACCCUGAUGUACAGAAAGGAAACCUAUUGCUCCACCUAGACCGAUUUAUAAAAGAAAUGCUGAUGACAUAAAUUUAUAAAGCACAAACAAGGGUCAGUCAUUUGAUUACAGUGAAGUUAGCUAAGAGCUGUGGCUAUGCCGUUUCGACUUAUACAUGUAACGUUCACAGAAAAUAUUUCCCAAACAGUGGAUAGAGUCAGCGAUGUUUGUUACGAUGUUUGUAAACUUUCCAUCAUGGAUACCCAACAUUUUGCAUCUGACAAAACGUGAAUUAUAUUUAUUUAAACAAUAAUUGCUGACACAAACUAACUUGACUGUACAUGUAAAUUAUUUUAUUUACAGUGGCAAGUUACUUCAUGUCGGAGUUAACAUAGAAUGUUUUUUGAAUAUUACGAAGGAUGUCUCAUUUUAAAAUAAAGACUGUCUCUGCUAGUGUGGUUUUGUAUCUGUCAGGCCAAAUCACAUGAAAUAAAUAUAUCACCAUAUUUUUUACAUUUUCUGCUCCUAGUAAAAUCAAGUUUGACUUGUAUAAUAUUGAUAAUUAACUAGGAUAAAAGUGCAGGCUGGCAACUCCAAAAAUGAAAUUUCUUUGCAACUUACUGUUUUGGUAUUUUUAUUUAUUUUGAUUGCUUGACUGACAAGCAAUAGAAAAAAGUGUUAACAAUUUCAUGCUUAUCUACAUUUUUUUGUAAAUAUGAACACUUUUAUAGUAAUUAACUAAUAUUCAUUCUUAGGUUUUACAGUAUCCUUCUUAUAAUUUACUGUGGUUUAAUCAUACUCUACAAGUAUCUUUCUCUUUUGUUGUGUAUUGUACUUGCUCGUAAUAAAAAAUAGUAAGAUUUUUGCUACAAAUAAUUUGAGAGCAAUGUUCUACGAGAGACUUUCAUUAUAGUACCGUAUGUUGUUAGUGAGAUUAAAGGGGCUAUGCCACACUAUUUUCUAACUUCCAAAAAUAAUGGUCCAGUUUUGUUAUGCACACCUAUUAAAUAUAAAUUAGGCAUUGAAACAAUAUCCUAUCGACCUUUGUCACACUAUGGCCAUUUUGUCCCAGGAGAUUUAAAAAGCUUUGUUUUUGCACAGUUAGCCUAGCUGGCAGUGAGAAUGAGGCUAGCUGUGCAAAUACAAAGCUUUUUUAAUCUCUUGGAACAAAAUGGCUGCUUGGUGACAAGGGUCUAUUGUCUGUAGCUACGAAUGGCAAGGAUGGAUGUUGAUUAAAACUUGAAAAAGUUGUGCCACCCUUUUCAAGUUUCAAAGCACGCUUGGUGCCUGCAAAAAUUACAAUCAUAAAAAUUGUUACGGUUAGCGCUCCAUGGUCAAAAUUUUGUUUGGUUAUCUUCUUUAAAACAGGUACAAGUAUUUGUUUUAUGGGUUAAGGGACUAAGUUCUGAUGUAUAUGUAAGCUAUCCAUGAACAUGCUAUGGUACAAUCAUAAUAUUAUUGCAAAAAGAAGGUAGUGUCCAAUAGCUCAUUCUUAACUUGCCCACUGUACAGGACAGUGACGUUUUUUGAGGGAUUAAAAUUACAGUCUAAGAACUGUGAAAUCAUUGCAGUUACCUCAUCAAAAAGUGUUUGGGGCUAGCUGAAAUGACCUUUGGGCUAAUGCCCAAACAAAAAGCUGUAUAACUGACUUUCUUUGCACCCUGCUGAUGUUAAUUCCCAUUAGACUUCACAGUUCCCUAUUAUUCCAUAAAUACUGUAACUCGCAUUCAUGUAGGGUGCGAAUGUACCAAGGGGGGAGGGAGUGCGAUCCAAUGUAAGUUCACAGAAGUUAAGGUGGAAGGAAUUUCUUCACACCUCCUGGAUGUGAGCUACAGUGAUGUGAGGACAGUCCCCCUAUUCCCCCCAAAUCAGUGAUCCUAUACUGCCCCCCUCCCAACCCCCAGUCCCAGGGUAGAAUUGAUACUCAUCCCUGGGUUACACUCAGACCUUGGGUAAAUUAAAGAUAAAAGAAAGGAAGAAAAAGAGUGAUUAUCUAAUGUGUUUAUGUAAAGUAUAAAAGUACAGAGGAAGUGACAAAUUGACUGGGUUGAUUAAGCUGUUACUGCCAAUCUCACUUGCUGCCUCAUUUAUACACCCUGUGUGCCUCCAUAUGGCCUUAAAACCGUCCAUUUCACUACUCUAUUUUAGACAAGAGACUCUCCAACCCAUAUUUAGGCUGUUGAAUCCCCCCUCACACACACAUGUACAUGUACACUGAUUGAAAUCUCCCACAUUUUAACGCCUGUUCAGGGCAGUACCCUGUUUGAGAGGCUAAUGGCAAAAUUGUGUACUCAGUUUGAAGACUCUCAACUCCCCAAACCCAUACCAUGUUCAGUGCUGUUACCCAUUAAGACCAAAUAUGGGAUUGCUUUCCCCUGGGCUGCAAAGACAUAAUAACUCUUCAUUACUUCUUGUUUUUGCCUUAGGUGUCCUUGUUGCCGCUGGAGAUGUCAUCACCCAGCAAUUUGCUGAGCGAAGAGGCACAAAUCAUGACUUCAGAAGAACAGCUCGUAUGGGCUUGGUUGGACUAGUUAUUGGCCCUGUGCUAAGAUCAUGGUAUCUUACACUGGAAAGGAUUGUCCCUGGGACUGCCAAAACUGCCGGCUUUAAAAAGAUGCUGUUGGAUCAGAGUCUCUUUGCUCCUGUUAUGAUAUGCUUCUUUUUCAGUGUGUCAGAGACACUUGCUGGAAAACGACCUCAUGAAAUUAAAGAGAUGCUCCAGGAACGCUACGUACAGACACUGAUCACAAAUUAUAAGAUCUGGCCCCUUGCACAGACUCUGAAUUUUACGUUUGUUCCUAUUCAGCACCGUGUUGGCUUUGUCCAAAUUGUAGCAAUAUUUUGGAAUGCAUACCUGUCAUGGAUGGCUAACAAGCCGUCACCUGAUGCUGCAGCCUUAACUGUUAAGGACUCUUUGGAGCUGGUUCAGUGAUGUGACUCACAGCACCCUCUGUUUGGUUAGUUGAUUCACUUGAGGGUAACCAUCUUUUUAUAACUAUAUUUAUGAUGUUAAUAAUUUCAAAUACAAUUACACCGCAAAAAGUACUAAUAUUGUUGUGAUUACAAUAUUUAUAUAAAUUGAAGUUAUUUACAAUUCAAUGGCACAAAUUAUAAAAAAAAGUUAUGUUUAAAAUACUGGAAUCACAUUGUAAUCUGACAUUGAAUGAGGUUGAGGAUGAAAAUUUGCAUCUACAGACAAUCCUUCAACUAAUUCAGUUCUAUUAAAAAGAAGACAUAGUGUAGAUAACAUUCACUUUUUUGGUCCUAAUUUUUUUAUCUAGCAGGUGCGUGGCAAAUUAAAAUAGAUUGAUAAAAGUGUCACUAAUUGUGUUUAUAACUUUGGAGAACUUUGUAAAGUAUAUUGAGGUUGGUGACCUGGGACCAUGCAUGCUCUGUAAUGGGGGAAAAAGGCAGAAAAAGGGGUGAAAUAGGAAAAAUAGCAGUGAGCGAAGCAAGCUUAGUGGUGGGG